AUGUCCCGAUUUCUCCGUCCCGCGGCUCGCCUGGCGGCCUCGUCCAGAGCUGCUGCUCUGCGCUCCUCUCCCAUUUCCCAGUUCGCCAGCCGACCCGCGGCCUUCGCCGUUCAGACAAGGACGUAUGCAGAUGCCAAGGGAACCAAGGACUACACUGUUCGUGAGGCCCUGAACGAGGCCCUCGCCGAGGAGCUCGAAUCCAACGACAAGGUCUUCGUCCUUGGCGAGGAGGUCGCUCAGUACAAUGGCGCGUACAAGGUUACAAAGGGUCUCUUGGAUCGUUUCGGAGAUAAGCGUGUCAUUGAUACGCCCAUCACUGAGAGUGGUUUCUGCGGUCUCGCUGUUGGCGCUGCUCUGAGUGGACUGCACCCUGUGUGCGAGUUCAUGACCUUCAACUUCGCUAUGCAAGCCAUCGACCAGAUUGUCAACUCUGCCGCCAAGACCCUUUACAUGUCGGGUGGUAUUCAGCCCUGCAACAUCACGUUCCGUGGGCCCAACGGCUUUGCCGCCGGUGUCGCUGCUCAGCACUCACAGGACUACUCUGCGUGGUACGGCAGCAUCCCCGGCCUGAAGGUUGUUUCCCCGUGGAGCGCCGAGGACGCCAAGGGUCUUUUGAAGGCCGCCAUCCGCGACCCCAACCCUGUGGUCGUCCUCGAGAACGAGCUCAUGUACGGCCAGACCUUUCCCAUGUCAGAGGCUGCCCAGAAGGACGACUUUGUUCUCCCCUUCGGCAAGGCCAAGAUCGAGCGUUCUGGCAAGGACCUGACCAUUGUCACUCUUUCGCGCUGCGUUGGCCAAACGUUGGUUGCAGCCGAGAACCUGAAGAAGAAGUAUGGUGUUGAGGUCGAGGUCAUCAACCUGCGCUCCAUCAAGCCCUUGGACGUUGAAUCUAUCGUAAAGUCUGUGAAGAAGACUCAUCGCCUUCUCUCGGUGGAGUCUGGCUUCCCCGCCUUUGGUGUUGGCUCCGAGAUUCUGGCCCUGACCAUGGAAUAUGCCUUCGACUACCUCGACGCCCCUGCUCAGAGAGUUACUGGUGCCGAUGUUCCUACGCCCUACGCCCAGGGUCUCGAGGAGAUGAGCUUCCCUACCGAGCAGAUCAUCGAGGACUACGUCGCAAAGAUGCUGCGUCUCUGA